GCCCCUGCGCGCACGCGUACUAGCAACCCGCUCACACGUGUUCCCGCUGGGCUGCACGGUGCUGGAAGCCUUGGCUCUAGUCUCCGGGGAGCAGCCUCGCAGCCUGGGCAGUGCCUGGGGUCGAGGGGACAGCAUGGGCAGAGCCCAGGAGGCGGGCUGGGUAGCGGGCCUAGUGCUCGGGGCCGGCGCUUGUUACUGCGUUUACCGACUGGCUUGGGGGGAGAAAAAGAGCCGGAAGUCGGCGGCUGAGGGCGGAAGCCGCGGCUGCCCUGCGGAGCAGGGGAGGACGUCCCCCCAACGGGGGUCCAGCCCCUCCUCUCCUGCAGAGGAUGACUGUACCAAAUCAUCUAGUAUACUGGAUGCUCAACAUCUUAAAAAACUCAUUUGCUUGCUAGAGUCAACUGAGGAUCCUUUAAUUCGUGAAAGAGCUUUGAUUACACUGGGUAACAGUGCCGCUUUUUCAGUCAAUCAGGAUGUCAUUCGUAAUUUGGAUGGUCUCUUAGUUAUUGGAAACAUACUGAAAGAUCCCAACCCCAGAGUUAAAGAGAAGGCUUUAAAUGCACUAAAUAACUUAAGUAUGAAUAUUCAGAAUCAGAAGGAAAUUAAGGUGUACAUCAGCCAAAUCUGUGAGGAGACUAUCUCCUCUGCCUUGAAUUCAGAUGUACAGUUGGCUGGCCUGAGAUUGCUAACAAACAUGACGGUCACCAAUGACUAUCACCACUUACUUGCCAGUUCAGCUUCAGACUUCUUUGAUUUGUUAUCUGUGGGAAAUGAAAACACCAAGAUUCAGACUUUAAAAGUGCUUUUGAAUUUGUCGGCAAAUCCAUCCAUGACAAAAGAACUUCUCAGUGUGCAGGUGCCAUCAUCACUGAUUUCCCUCUUUGAUGGAAACACGGAGAAGGAAAUUCUUCUUCGUGUCCUUACACUCUUUGCAAAUUUAAAAAACAGUAUAAAGCAGAAAGAGAACGCAUUUGCCCAGCAUCAAUUUAAUAAGAGUUCUCUUUUCUCUUUCCUCAAUGGAGAAUCUACAGAGUGUACUGAGAAGCUGCUGUCCUUAAUAUAUCACCAUGAUGUCGAUGUGAAAGAGAAAGUUGCAGAAAUACUAACCCUACUUUGAUUGGCCUUGUGUUUAAAAACAAAACAAAACACCGCGACCACAAGGAAUAACUCCAUGUUGCAGUCUGUGAGCAAGACAAGUGGCUUUGACACUUUCAUCUUGUUCCCAUACUUCGGGACUUCAUCCCCCACAUCACAAUGGUGGCUAUAAAGCCUCGGGGCAGAAAGAGAAGAUUCAUGUAGGAAUGUUGUUCCUGUUGGCAAAAAUAAAACUAAGGUUCCGGUCAGCGGUUCGAUCAUAUAGUCUCUUUGCCAUUUACUGUAACUAAGAGGAAGAAGUAGAAUCUGUAAAGAUUUCUAGGAUUUCUUGUACCUUUGAGCAGUAAAAUAUAACCAGAAGGAUGGGAUCCGUCAAGAGUAUGCACUGAAGCAAGGAACCUGAAGAUACCUGGAACAUUCUUUGUGAUUUUCUGGUCUGGUGGUUGGUUGUUGUCCUUCAUUCUCAGAGAGGACCAAAAUGACAUCACCACAUUUAAGUCAAAUUACAGUAUCCAACUGUGGCUGCUUAGACCAACAUGAGCUCGGAAUGCUUUACCACAAAUAGUCCAUGUGAACAUUUGGAGUGGGUUCCAUAAUUUGUAUAUCUCGCAUUUCUUUUGAGCUUACUUCAAUUCUGAUUUGCCCAUAGAGGACAGCACCUUUUCUGAUGAGGGCAUGCCAUGCUGAACGGUCCUGUGCCAGUGUCUCCCAUGUCACACGGUCAGUUUCUAAGCUCUUAAGAGAGACCUUGAGAGUUUGGUCUAAGAUACUAAUGAAGCCCUUGAGGACUUUAGUCCUGGAGAGCUAAUUCAGAUUCAUCUGCUCUUGAUAGUGUGGCAUGAGUUCAUCACCCAAAGAGAAAUCUGUUAGGAUUUUGUACUUGAAUCCUUGAAAAGUUGAAAAAAUUGUUGUGGGCUAAAAUGUUCAAGUUUGUUAAAAUAUCCUUAAUUCAAAUUAAUUGAGAAUUUUCUGAUUACCUUUUAGUUAAAGUGAACACUACAGAACUUUUUGGGACUCUGGGAAUUUUGAUGUAUGAAAGCUACAGAGUAAUUUUUAAGAAAUGUAUCGGUGUUUAAAAUUAAAAUAGCUUUCAUAAAAUCAACAGAAUAAAGUCACUUUAACUAAUGUGCAAAAAUAAAUGUGACCAGUAAUCUGUGUAAUGGAAGUUUUAUUCUCAAAAUGAAUAAAAUCACCCCUUUGUGUAUAGUCCCUUCAGUAUUUUGCUGUAUUUUAGCCUAAGAAUCAUCUUGAAUCUAUAUCUAGCAUAGACCUGGAUUUCAGUAUCUUCCACCCAGGUAUCAGGAUUUGAAGUGAGACAAAUCACUUAACCUCUCUGAUAAGCCUCAUUUGCAGAAUAGGGAUAAAUUUGCUCCAAUUUCUGCAAGGUUAUUUCAAGAAUCAAAUCAAUUAAUAGAUAUGAAGAUACUUUAAAAGUGCUGUACUAAUACAUGGGACUUGAAAGAGCGCAGGUUGGAGUCAGAGGACCUGAGUGCCAUCCCUGCUCUGCCAUCUACUCCCUGUAUAGCCUUGGGCAAGUCACUCAGAGCCUCAGUUUCCUCAUCUGAAAAGCAGAGGAGUUGGAUCCCUUCCUGCUCCAUAUCUAGGAUCUUACAGUUGGACAGGAAAAUUGAGUUGGUUCAACUAACAGAGAGUCAUCUUAGUUUUGUCUGAUAAAUGAAAUGGAUUUUUCUAAGGAUGUACCAUGUGCUUUCAUUUUGGAGUAUGCUAUUUUAAUGAAUUGUAUUUUUUAAGCAAAGGACUCUAAAGUGAUUAUUAUUAUGUUAUUUUAAAGUUAGUAAAUAGUAUUUGUACUAUACGUAACUCACUUUUUGUCUUAUCGAAAGACAUUUUUGUUCAUUAAAGGUUAUUGUAAGGUAUGUUAAAUGACACUGGGAAAAUAUCAACCAAAUAAACUUUUAGUGGCUCA